UCAGUCCACUUAUCACGGGAACAACUUCACGUCUUCUUGAACUGCUGCUCUAAAGAGAAGUCACAACAAGGCUUUGGGUGAAACCUUCCCGAAAAUGGGUCACCUAGUUUACCUCAUUUUAGCAGCUGUAUUCUCUGUCACGUCGACCCAGUUUAUACCACCGUACACAGAGGACUGUCGGAAAGACAUGUAUCCACCAAAUGGCCCUACGUUCAAAGGAGCUGUCAGUUGGUACACAGUGGACCUCGAUUUACACCCCAGCAAGAGAUGGGCGGCUGUGAUUUCUGACAAAAAAUCAGAUCUGGUCAACAUGAUUCAGGCCAUCAGAGACCUGGCUGAUGCGUUUGUGCCCAGUGGAAGACUGGUAGAGCUGGUGGACAUUACACUGCCCUUGAUGGCGGACACACUCCCAAAGCCGUUUGGUGAUGAAAUGAAAGGAAUUUCCACUGUGUCAGGGAUUCCUCUAGGUGAGGUGGUCUUGUUCAACAUCUUUUACGAGGUGUUCACCGUUUGCACAUCAGUUGUUGCAGAGGACGAUAAAGGAAACCUCAUUCAUGGCAGAAACCUGGAUUUUGGCUUAUUCAUGGGCUGGGAUGCUAAAAACAAGUCUUGGAUCAUUAGUGAGAAGCUGAAGCCUUUAGUGGUGAACCUGGACUUCAAGAGAAAUAACCAGACUGUCUUCAAGGCAACAAACUUUGCUGGUUAUAUCGGCAUGCUGACUGGAAUUAAGCCUCAAAUGUUCACUCUCACUAUGAAUGAACGUUUCAGCCUUGAUGGAGGAUACGUUGGAAUCCUGGAGUGGAUCCUGGGAAAGAGAGACGGCAUGUGGAUGAGCUUUCUCACUCGCUCUGUACUUGAAAAUGCUAACAGUUACGAGGAGGCCAAAACUCGCCUGGCUCAGACGAAGCUGCUCGCUCCAGCGUACUUCAUCCUGGGAGGAAAUCAGACGGGCCAGGGCUGCAUCAUCACCCGCUCCAGAGAGCUCAGUCUUGAUCUGCUGGAGAUUGACCUGAAGCUGGGUCGAUGGUAUGUCCUGGAGACAAACUACGACCACUGGGAGGAGCCUCUUUUCCUGGACGAUCGCAGAACUCCCGCCAUGAAGUGCAUGAACCAGACCACACAGAAGAACAUCACUCUGGAAACGUUGUAUAAUGUGCUCUCAACCAAACCAGUGUUAAACAAGUUGACCACAUACACAACACUGAUGCAGGUGUCUGAAGGCAAACUGGAGUCGUAUAUCCGUGACUGUCCUAACCCGUGCAUGCCUUGGUGAUCCUUGGCAUCUCUCGACUACAAGCUCAGCUGAUCUAGAGGGGGAGAAAAAAAAAUCUACACUUGUGUUUGCACAGCAACAAAUCAACCUGAACCGAAGUCUGUCUCCUCUUCUUAAAACAGUUCAGAAAAAUUUAACGGUUUUGAAUAAAUGCUAAUUAUUUUCUCUUGUAAAGGGAAACAGCUUUUUUUUUACAUUGAAAUUGUAUAUGGAUCCCGGAGAUGAAUGCACAUUUGUAUAAUUAAAUUAAUGCGAAUAUAACUAUAUUGUAUUGUUAAUUUCUUAAAAUGCAGCUCAUGCUCACCAUUUGUGCCUGUUCACACCAAGUGUUAAGGUGUUUUUUGUGUGUGUGUGUCCAAAGGUUUGUAAACAGCUCAGUAACGGGUAUAUUUUCAGCACAUGACUAUUUAAUACUGAUAAUGUACAGUACCUCAUCACUGACACCUUUCCUUUGAAAACAAUCUCAUUAAAAGAAUUCCCAAAAUAAA